AUGGCCGCCUUCUUCAGCACAGCUCUGAAGAGCUUCAAGGGGGCGCAGGAGGAGCCCAAGGAGUCCCCCAAGGAUGGGAAGGCAGCGGCGUUGCCCAACGGCAUGGCCCGUGAGGAGUUCGAGGAGUACCAGCGGCAGCUGCUCGAAGAGAAGAUAGAGCGGGACAAGGCCUUUGCACACCGGAAAGCAGAGCGGGCCACUGUGCGCAUGCACCUGCGGGACAAGUAUCACCUGGCCCAGGACGAGCGGGACGAUGCCCAGGUGCAUGUGGCAUGCGGCUCGGUGGAGCUGCCGGAGGAGCUGGCCACCAUGGUGCAAAGUGAGGAGGAGGAGGAAGAGGGGCCGCUCGCCUUCCUGGCCAAGCUGCGCGAGGUGGAUGUGCAGGCGCUAAGGGGCCGGGCGCAGGACGCAGUGGAAGAGGUGAAGGAGAAAUGCUCCAUGAUGUAG